UCCCUUGUCACCACGUCAGGCUCAGGCCGCUCAGCCAUCAUUCAGUGGCGACCACGGAUGUGGAACCUUUGCUGGCAACUGAGGAGUGACGGUGAAAUGACGUCGAAAAGGAUAUACCUUUCUGGUGCCGAGAAAAGAAAGAGAAGAAAACUGAAGAUACAUGCUCAUAGAACAAAGGACGCGGCCAGGGUGCGGGUGACAGUGUUCUACGAGGCGCUAUGUCCUGACAGCAGAAACUUCAUCGUGCACCAGCUGUAUCCGGUGUGGCAAGACCUUGGGAACAUCAUGAACUUGGACCUGCAUGCUUUCGGCAAGGCCAGGGAGACAGACGCAGGCGGGUUCACUUGUCAACACGGGGAGAAGGAGUGCGAGGCAAACCUGAUGCUGACCUGCGCCCAGAGUGUCGUCAGGGAUCCUCAGGCACUGAUGAAGUUCAUCCACUGUGUCAUGCAAAGAUACGAAGGCGUCGACGGAGGCUUGCUGUGUGCCAACGAUUCUGGCGUGGAUUACUCUGAGGUGAGGGAGUGCAUGAGCUCCGGGGCGGGAGUGAGGCUGCAGCACGACAUAGGCGAGAAGCAGGCCCAGCUCAACCCACGCCUCACCUACGUGCCCUGGAUACUCCUAAAUAACGUGUUCACGGCGAAGACACUGUCGCUGGCACAGGACGACCUCAGGCGGGUGGUGUGUAACGCCUACAGAGGGCCGACACCCGAGGCAUGCGAGGAGUGACGCGCCUCGACUCUUGCAACCAUCCGUGCACCAUUACGAGACGAGACAUAAGAGGCAGUGAAGGAGGGAAGGAAAGAGUGAAGUUAACUAUUGGACCAUUGUAUUGAAAACUUAACGAGAGAGAGAGAGAGAGAGAGA